UAUCAUCAUUUAUCUUUACAAAAGCACCCUAAUAGCAACCCGCCUUAACAAUUCUCAAAUCUCAAUCACAAAUCCUCCAUCGAUUCCAAUCAUUUCUCUGAGAUCGUCGCCAGCGACGCUUUCCCCACCUAUAUAUCGACUUCGCAAAUCGCCGCCGCCCGCCCUCCACACAUAGCAGUCGCGUUCGCGCGCACACUGUAAUGGGAGCAUGGUGUCUGAUUGCGUUUCGAGUAAUUCUGUUGCAGCCCUGUGCAUAAAAACUCAGAUUUUAUUUUAACAAAUUUCGCCUCUGAGUUGUUUCAGUCUUCCUCCUAUCUGAUGUUCUGAAUUUUGUUCGCCGUUGGAGUUGUGGACGCGUAGUUCUAGCUUUAAUGGCGGAUUAUCAUUUCGUUUACAAAGAUAUAGAAGGAGCUUCGACGCAAUGGGACGACAUUCAGAGAAAACUAGGAAAUCUACCCGCUAAAGCGCCGGCGUUCAAGCCCUCUCCUUUCACGCCAGCUGAAGACAAGGAUUCCAAGCCGAAAGACAAGAGUUGGAUCGACGAGAAAACUGAGGAAGAGCUUGAAGAUCUUGAAGAUGAUCUUGACGACGAUCGAUUCCUCGAUGAGUACAGGAAAAAGAGGUUGGCCGAGCUGCGGGAAGCCGUCAAAGUUGCAAAGUUUGGUUCGGUAAUUCCAAUUUCAGGAUCCGAUUUCGUGCGCGAAGUUUCACAAGCUCCUCAAGAUGUUUGGGUUGUAGUGCUACUAUAUAAAGAUGGAUUCCCGGAGUGUAGAUUGCUUCUCCAAUGUCUUGAAGAUUUGGCUAAAAAGUACCCUGCAACAAAGUUUGUCAAAAUUAUAUCGACAGAGUGUAUUCCAAACUAUCCCGACCUCAAUCUUCCCACGAUUCUGGUUUACAAUAACAGCGCUGUUAAGGCAACUCAUGUGGGAAUCCGUAGUUUUGGACGAAGGUGCACUCCUGAAAGUGUUGCCGUAGUUCUGUGUCAGUCGGACCCUGUGCUUGACAACGGGCACAGUGGGGAGCAAUCGAGAGACGAUGUUCUUGAUGGAGUGAGGAAGAAGUUCUUGGAGAGGGUAGUGAGAGAACAUGAAGACAACGACGACGGAUCUUCGAGCGAUUGAUCUCUACCUGUUUUCGAAACUUUUCCGGCCAUCGGAAACCCUGUAGCACCUUGGAGUAUUGAUUUGUGUCAUUCAGGCCUUGCAGGUACACUGUUUCUGUUUUAUAUACAGUUUUAUUGUUUUUGUCUCCAACUUCCAGGUCAAAAUUUUUUCUGUAUUCUCAGAUAUGUUGUGAAACAUUAGAGGCCUUUUUCAUUUGCCUAACAGAUUUAAUGAAUAUGUCAAUUUAGAAUUAUUCAAAAAAUCUGCAACUAAUUGA